UGGUGUCAUUUGAAGAUGUGGUUGUGGACUUUACCCAGGAGGAAUGGCAGAUUAUGGACAAUACUCAGCGGACCCUGUACAAAGAUGUGAUGCUUGAGACCUAUAACAAUCUGCUGUCUGUAGGGUACUACAUGACAAAGCCUGAUGUGAUCUUCAAGUUGGAGCAAGAAUCAGCGCCAUGGACAGUGGGAAAAGCUCUCAACCAGGGACUCUCAGAUCACUACAGAAAGAAUGAGCUGCUUGGAACGAAUCAGAAAAGACAAGAAAGAAUCUUCAGGCAACCUGAUGGAAGGCCAUUUGGGAAAAACUGUGCUUCUAAUGUCCCUGAGAACAGCCUCCAGAGUGGGGAAAGCCUCACUCAGCAGGAGAAGAUGCACAUUUGUCAGCAGUCUUUUGAGCGCAAUGGGAAAGACAAAGCUUUCAGCGGGAAGAAGAUAUCCCUUAUGUGUGAGCAAGUUUAUACUAAAGUGCUGUGUAAGAAGCAACCUGCCAAUGUGGGAGAAACAAUUCAGGUUGAAAAGAAAAUGCUACACAACAAUUCUUCUUUUGGCAAACAUCGGGAAGCACAAUCAAGAGAGAAACUCCAUGAGCAUUUCAAGAAUGAGAAAUCUCUUAUGUGUAAACCAGAUGUCAAAGUAAAUCAGAGAAGCCAAACAGCAAAAAGUCACUGUAUGUGUGGCUACUGCACAAAAUCUUUUAGCUGUAAACCUUGCCUUACCACCAACCAGAGAACUGACAAAGGCAAAACUUUCUAUAUGUGCAAUGAAUGUGAAGAGAAUAUUUACCAGAAGUCAGAACUCAGAAGAGAUCAGAUCCUUCAGACUGGAGAAAAGACAUAUGAGUGCAAUAAGCUUGGGGAAGCCUGUGAUGACCAAUUAUCUUUCAAGAGCCAUCAGAGAAUUCACACCGCGGGGAAAACUGAUGAAUGUAGUGAGUACAGAAAUCCCCUCACCAGUCAUUUUGGUCUCUUUAAUCAUCAGAGAUUCCACACAGUGGAAAAACCUUAUGAAUGUAGCCAAUGUGGUAAAGCUUUUUCUUAUAAAUCACACCUAAUCAGGCAUCAGAGAUUCCACACAAGGGAAAAAUCUUAUGAAUGUAACCACUGUGGAAAAGCUUUUUCUUGUAAAUCAUACGUCAUCAGGCAUCAGAGAAUCCACACAGGGGAAAAACCUUAUGAAUGUAACCAGUGUGGAAAAGCUUUUUCUUGUAAAUCACACCUCAUCAGGCAUCAGAGAAUCCACACAGGGAAAAAACUUUAUGAAUGUAUCCAGUGCGGAAAAGCUUUUUCUCAGAAGGCACAACUAAUCAGGCAUCAGAGAAUCCACACAGGGGGAAACAUUUAUGAAUGUAGUGAGUGCGGAAAAGCCUUUACCAGCCACUCAGACCUCAUGAGACAUGAGAGAAUCCACACAGGGGAAAAACCUUAUGAAUGUAGUGAGUGUGGAAAAGCCUUUACCAAUCACUCACAUCUAAUAAGACAUCAGAAAAUCCACACGGGGGAAAAACCUUAUGAAUGUAACCAGUGCGGAAAAGCCUUUACACAACAUUCAAGUCGCAUUAUACAUCAAAAAAUCCACACGGGGGAAAAACCUUAUGAAUGUAGCCAGUGCGGAAAAGCCUUUACACAACAUUCAAGUCGCAUUAUACAUCAAAAAAUCCACACGGGGGAAAAACCUUAUGAAUGUAGCCAGUGCGGAAAAGCCUUUACACAACAUUCAAGUCUCAUUAUACAUCAAAGAAUCCACACGGGGGAAAAACCUUUUGAAUGUAGCCAGUGCAGAAAAGCCUUUAGAGACAACUCAACUUUCAUUAGACAUCAGAGAAUCCACACAGGGGAAAAACAGAAAAAAGCUUACUGUGCCAAGUCAUACUUGAUCAUACAUCAGAUAAUCCACACUGGGGAAAAGCCUUAUGAAUGUAGCCUUUGUGGAAAAUCCUUUACCCACCAGUCAUGUCUCAUAACACAUCAGAGAAUCCACACAGGGGAAAAACCUUACAAAUGUAGCUGCUUUGGAAAUUUCAUUACCUACCACUCAGGUCUCAUAGCACAUCGCAGAAUCCACAUGGAGGAAAUGUUAUGA